AUGUCUUCGGAAAACGCCAUUGUCUACGCCGCCCUCAUCCUCAAGGAUGACAACGUCGAGAUCUCGGCUGACAAGCUCCAGACCCUUACCAAGGCUGCUGGCUUCACCGAAAUCGAGCCUAUCUGGUUCUCUCUUUACGCCAAGGCUCUUGAAGGCCAAGAUUUGAAGGAGCUUAUCUGGAACGUUGGUGCUCCUGCUGCUGGUGCCGCUGCUGGUGCCGCUGCUGGUGGUGCUGCCGCUGCUGACGAAGCCAAGGAAGAAGAGAAGAAGGAAGAGGAGAAGGAGGAGUCUGAUGAGGACAUGGGCUUCGGUCUCUUUGACUAA